AUGCCCAUCGCGCCGCUCACCGCCAGCAGUAGCAUCAGCGCCGGCAACAUCAUUAAGCGUACGGGCCGCCACUGGCGUCUGCAAACGGCAACAGCGUUCGUUGGCUUAACGGGCUGCAACACGAUGCUGCUCAUGGGCUCCGUCUCGUGCGAGGAAGUUGGACUCGCAAAUGACAUGAUCUACCUCUUCCAAACACUGGGUCAGGUCAUCGGCGUAGGCACGAGCGGAGCGACGAUGCAGAUAGUGCUUCUGUAGAGUUUGGACGCUCGCAUUGCGCCGCCUGCGCCUGGCGUAGAGGGACGCAACGCCAUCAGGGGCAUCCUGCACAGCGUCCAGCGCAUCGACAGCUUGCCGCCUGCUCGGCAGGUUGCAGCUAGGCUUUCUUACGCCGAUGUGGGGCGCAUCAUCUUCAUCCUGGUCAGCGCACUAAAUUUUUGUCGUUCGUCUUCUACCUUCCGAUUGAUGAAAACCCAUCGAUAGCCGCGCUGGCAAGGCGGCGACUUCCGCGAAGUCCUCGUAGCUCUCCUCCCCUUCCUUCCCUUCCUCUGUUCGGGAAACUGUGCGCGGGUAUUCUCCCAUACAGCAACCGGCGCCGUUACAAGGCGAGCGGUCGGCUCGGCACUAGAAG